AUGGUGAGCUAUCUACUGAGUUACUUAUAUAAGAUAGCUGUUACGUCUGUGGUUAUAUUCAUAUUUUUUAAUGGAUGUCUAACAAUCGCAAUUUAUCAGUUCUUUGUCACUACGAUAUAUCAUGCUAAUGCUGUUGAAAGACAAAUUCACCUUAAUAGGAGUAAGAAGAGUUUUAUCGUGCUUUUGGUGACUAUAUUAUGUCUGGUUGCACCCUCCUAUGUCAGUAUUACGACUGAAAACGCGUCGAUUCCUAAGGGUACAUUUAGGAAGGACUCAAGUUUACAGCGAAUCGUGUCUUCUUUGAAACGUAAUUCGGUAAUUAUCUGCAAUCACCAGCUAUAUACAGAUUGGAUAUUUUUAUGGUGGAUUGCUUAUACGUCAAGGUUGGCGGGGAAUGUUAUUAUUAUGUUGAAGAAGUCUCUGGAGUCUAUUCCUGUACUGGGGUAUGGUAUGAAAAACUACAAUUUUAUAUUUAUGAAUAGAAAGUGGGAGUUAGAUAAGGUGAAUUUAACCAAUACUCUACAAGAUUUGGAUAUGGAUUCUCGUGGUAUUGGUAAGCUGUCGGGUAAUGUGCCUUCUAACUUUACGCCUGAAGGAAUUGAGGAAUUCUCUAUUCCAAAGAGUGAAAGUGGAGAUGGACAGAUGAAAUGGCCAUAUGCAUUGAUUUUAUUUCCAGAGGGUACUAAUAUGAGCAAAAAUACGAGACUUAGAAGCGACCAGUAUGGUGCUAAGGUUAAUCGUAAACCAUUUUCAAAUGUUUUGUUGCCGCGUGUGACUGGAUUGAAAUUUGUUUUGCAAAAAUUAGUUCCAAGUUGUGAAUGUCUGUAUGAUGUUACUUUAGGUUACUCUGGGGUCACAAAAGGCACCUAUGGUGAGGAGAUAUAUAAUUUGAGAAACGUUUUUUUGAGAGGUAAAGCUCCAAAAUUGGUUUCUAUUCAUCUAAGGGCGUUUCAACUGUCAGAGAUUCCAUAUAAUGAUAGUGAACAAUUCGAGAAAUGGGUAUUUGAUGUCUGGGAGGAAAAGGAUAAGUUAUUAGACAGGUACUAUAAAAAGGGAUCGUUUGACUUAGACUCCGAAUUAAAUCAUACUGUUACUGGUUUAUGUCAGAUUGCUCCAUUAGAAGUUGCUGCGAUUUUGGUUGUUCCUUUAAUAGUAUCCAUGUUAACAUCGGCUAUGUUAACGAAAUUGGCACUUCUGUAUUUUGGAAGAAAUAAUAAGACAUAUUCCAACUACCUGUAG